AGUACAAGGAUCACUUGAUUCAAGGUAAGAAGGGAAGUGAAACUAGACAGACACCAAGAGGAUAGACCCACAAAGCCACGUGUCAACAAUAGCACAAAAGAUGAGGUUACUUUAACGUGUGGCCAUCACAAUUCUCUCCCCACCCACCUGACUAGAUCAAGAUCCCCAAAUCUAACUCUCUCUCAAGAUAUUUUAUUCAUUUCUUUUUUCUUUUAUAAACUUCUCCUAACAAGAUAAAUGAGUAAACGUGGUAUCAAGAACAACCAGUUCGGUUACCCCCAAAAACAUUGGAGCAAACACUUUACAUGAGCUACUCUGUUUAGUCCAAGUUAUGGCAGCUACAGUUACUAAGCUUCACAUAUACCCACAAAGCUUAGAUUACUUUUCUUUCAGUAAACAACAGAGAAAUAGGUUGCUUGGACCAGGUUUGUCAUGGACAGGUUUUGGUGGUUGUGCUGUAAAGUGCAGGUCUUUUAGGUCUGAGGAUGGGAGGGAAGUGGAAGUGGAAGAGAAAGUGAAAGAAUGUCAGAGAAAGCUAAAGAAAAAUAAGAUUGAGUUAAAGAAGGAAGAUGGCUUUUGGAGCAUUUUGAAAGAUGCUAAUUUUGGGUUUGGGAGGUCCGAUUCUCACUCAAAAGAGGAGUAUGCUAAAGCGGUAGCUAAAUUAGAAGAGGCUUUCUCAUCUAUUGCUUUGCAAAUUGGAAGAUAUAUUGUCACCAUGAUGAGCACUGGAGUGAUACUUGCAGUUGGCUUUCAGUUGUCAGGUGGAGACAGUCAGAUGAAUACACUGAUUUGGUAUAGCUGGCUUGGAGGAAUUAUUAUUGGAACUAUGAUUGGUGCCAACAUGGUUUUAGAUGAACAUUGUCGAGCCGGUCCACGUAAUGUUGUUAUAACUGGAAGUACAAGGGGACUCGGAAAGGCACUUGCCCGAGAAUUUCUUCUGUCCGGUGAUCGUGUGGUUGUUGCUUCACGAAGCCCUGAGUCUGUAGACACGACAGUUAGAGAACUGGAGGAGAACCUCAAGGAAGGAAUGGUAACCACCAGUGGUACAUCUAGAACGAAUCUGGCUCAUGCAAAAGUGGUUGGCAUAGCUUGUAAUGUUUGUGAACCUUCUGAUGUGCAAAAAUUGGCAAAUUUUGCUGUCAAAGAAUUUGGUUCCAUUGACAUAUGGAUAAACAAUGCGGGCACAAACAAAGGAUUUAGACCCUUGCUGCAGUUUAGUGAUGAAGAUAUUAACCAGAUUGUUUCAACAAAUUUGGUUGGAUCUAUUCUCUGCACGCGAGAAGCUAUGCGGGUGAUAAUGAACCAGCCUAAGGGAGGGCACAUUUUUAACAUGGAUGGUGCUGGUUCUGGGGGAUCUAGCACCCCUCUUACAGCUGUUUAUGGAUCUACAAAAUGUGGUCUUAGGCAACUUCAAGCAUCACUCUUCAAGGAGUGUAAGCGAUCUAAAGUUGGUGUGCAUACAGCAUCUCCAGGCAUGGUCCUUACAGAUUUGCUCUUGAGUGGCUCAACUCUAAAAAAUAAACAAAUGUUCAACAUCAUCUGUGAACUCCCAGAGACAGUUGCUAGAACUUUAGUUCCACGGAUGCGGGUUGUGAAGGGUUCCGGGAAAGCCAUCAAUUACUUGACACCUCCUAGGAUACUACUUGCUUUGGUCACUGCAUGGCUGCGGCAAGGUCGCUGGUUUGAUGACCAGGGAAGGGCAUUAUAUGCAGCUGAGGCAGACCGACUCCGUAAUUGGGCUGAAAACCGAGCUCGGUUUUCCUUUACAGAUGCAAUGGAGAUGUACACAGAAAAUACUUGGGUAUCUGUGUUUUCACUUUCUGUUGUUUGCGCCUUCAUAAUACUCUCGAGCACAAGCAACCCGUUUCCUGGUACCUGAGUCAUCCCUUUACAAUUGCAACACAUAAAGCCAAAUGUUUGCAGUCAGAAGCAGUGUAAAGAUGCAACUUAAAACAAACAGUAAACGAUUUAUCUGCACUGCAAUAUUAAGGUACGAAUUAACCAUUAAUAAGCGCUCAGCUGUUUUAGAUCGCGAGCCUAGGUGCUCAUUUAACCGCACGUAUACAAAGUCAGGCUCUGUAGGUUUCAGUGUGCAGGAAUAGGAGAGAAAAAUUUACUUUUCAGUAGAGCAAGUCUUAAUUAGAUGAAGACAGAUGUUAUAUAAUUGAUGAAGCAUUCUCAUUUCUUGACUGAGAUGCUUGUAAAUGUAAUGUCUUCGUGAAUUUGUAUUUAAAUUUAAUUCAAUGGUCUGUAUACAUGCUA